GCAAGGCGAGGCCAGGCAAGGCAUGGCCAGGCAAGGCGAGGCCAGGCAAGGCAUGGCCAGGCAAGGCGAGGCCAGGCAAGGCAUGGCCAGGCAAGGCGAGGCCAGGCAAGGCGAGGCCAGGCAAGGCAUGGCCAGGCAAGGCGAGGCGAGGGUGCCAUGUGCACUGUGCCUCGCCAGUACUGUGCCUCGCCAGCACUGUGCCUCAGCUGCCGUGUGCGCAGCACUGUGCCUCAGCUGCCGUGUGCGCAGCACUCCGCUGCCUGCCCGUAACUGCCACCCACCCACCCUCACAUGCUUCGUCCCCCCUCCCGCCCUGUGGCCCGCAGGCAUGCCGGCAGCAGCAGUGAAGGCGGAGGCGGGGCGGGCAGCAGAGGGCGGCGCACAGCGAGCAGGGGGAGGGCCAGGUGGGGGGGCAGGCGGGGGGGAGGUGGUGGAGGUGAAGUUGCCGGUGAAGCACGUGCUCUCCAAGGAGCUGCAGGUAAGCAUGUGCUCUCCAAGGAGCUGCAGGUAA